AUACGGUUAUAUAGAAGGCAAAAUCGUACUUCCCCGGCAUACUCCUUAUUCACUCUGUGCAGCAAACAACACAGGAGUUUAUGUACUUACUUCAAAUAUUUCUGACCGAUACGAUACAUAUUGCUUCAAUUCAUCAGAAUCAAGAGAUGUGGUUUGUGAGCCAGUAGAAAAGUUAUAUUCUGAUUUGCCUAAUAAUAACAGCAGUAUUGAAAUUUACAAUGCUGAUGGAUCACGGUACAUUGAAGGAAAGAAGGUCACAGAAAGGCCACGAGUAACUGAAGAUGACAGCAGUGUGGGCAGUGGUUCUGCAAUUGGCAGAGGAACUAUAGAUCCCAGUGACUUCCCACCAGAGGAUGAUAUCACAACAUUUACACCAGUAUACGUAACAGAGGACAACGGUUAUCAGCAUCCAGGAAAUCCUGAAGAUCAGAAUCCCCAGAGUACUACUGAAGAAAAUUCAAAUCAUGGAAAGCACCAUGGAAAUUCUAGUCAAGAUCAGCAAAUCACUGAAAAUUUUCCAUUAUGGUUGCCAUCUGAAGAACAUAAAGGAAUGCAGAAUACAACCACCAGCAAGGAUCAGAGUUUUGAAGAUGAUGAUGAUGGUGGUGGUGAUGAUGACGAAGAAGGGUCUGGGCAAAAAAAUCCUGAAACAGUUCUUGAGUGGGACAACAGUGGUGAUAAGGAACUUCAGACGUCAAAUACCACUGUGAACUCCACCAAAGAUGUCAAACAAGAAGAAUCAUCCCACAAUAUAUUGCUACCUGCUGUACAUUCUGGAAGGGACAGUGAAGUCAGAUACUCAACAAAUGACACAAUUGCGGAUGUCCUACCUGGAAUUGUUGAACAAUAUUCAACCACUACUGCUGUGUCCUCCAGUGAUGAUUUCUUCAAGCAGGAAGACUCAAAGCAGCCUCAACUGGAGGGUGCAUCCCCUGAGCUGGAAAUUGAAGACACAGUAUCCCCUGCAAUCAACACUUCAGACGAGUUACAUCCAGAAUUUUCUGCUUCUGAUGAAAAAGAAAGUACCCUGGAAAAGGAAUCUUUUCAUCACCCAGAUGCGGGCUUUUAUGGCACCAAAGAAGAUCCAACUUCAGAACCAAUGAGGCAAUGGGUUAGUGAAAACAAGUAUACUACAAAACCCACAAUGGAUGUCUUGUUUCCUGGAAUAGUUCCUCGAAGAGAAAUAAAUCAAAAAAAUAAAACUGAUCAUACAGGUCCUGAUCCAAACAAACACUCCAGUGUAGUGAGAGGCAAAAAUGUAACACCUUUGCCGGAAGAGUCAGGAAAAAGUCAACCACGAAUGGCUCAUAUACCAGAUUGGCUUAUUGUAGUUGCUUCUCUUUUGGCCCUGGCAUUGAUUCUUGGUGUUUGCAUUGCUGUAAACAGUCGAAGGAGAUGUGGGCAGAAGAAGAAGCUUGUGAUUAACAAUGGUAAAGGAGGCAUAGAUGAGAAAAAGAAAGAUGGGUUAAAUGGAGAAGCCAGCAAAUCUCAGGAAAUGGUGCACUUGGUACACAAAGAGAAGCCAGAAGACCAAAAGUGCCCACAGGAUGAAUUCCAGGCAAUUGAUGAAACACAGAACCAACAAGAUGUGCCCUUGAAGAGUGGCAUGUAGGAAGCCUGGCCAAAUUGAAUCAGAGUUGGGGAAACAAAAAGCAUCAUACUGAACUGGGACUAGAACUCAGAAAUGCAAUGAGCUACUGAUAUCUUUAAAGCAUAAUUAAGCAUACAUUUUCUUGGGUUUCUUUUUUCUUUUGUAAAGGCCAGCUACGAAAAUACCAUGUCAUUUUUUGUUUUGCCCAACAUUGCAUCAUUUUGCCCAGUUUUAAUUAGUGACCAUCAUCUUAUUGCUAGCAUUUGUUCCCCAUUUACAAUCUCUUUGGUAAGGCAAAACACCGAAAUUUAUUUUGCCUGACCUACAGAAUUUUUGAACUUUCCAGAAUCUGUAGCCAUUAAGGUAUUAUAAUAAAAUGCAUUCCCAGGGAAUUCACAAUGAUAGGCUAUCUUGAAGUUUGACACAUAGGUUUUGGAAUUGAAUUUUUAUUGGUUAGUUACAAAAUUGUCAGAUUUAUUAAAUCUCAUUAAUGUUUUAAUAUUUUGUAAUUACAUGUUAUAAUAGUUGAAUAUGAAAAGCAUGUUUUUACACAUUCCACAGAUCUCCACCAUGUUAAAAAAAACACUCACUAAAAAGGGUGGAAAGACCAAAAAACAACAACACCCAAACCCAAACCUGAUUUAUAGCAAAUAAAUUUUUAUUCUCUAUAAUCUAAA